CUGAACUGUGUAUCAUCCCUAAUAGUCGAUGCAGCCCUGCAAAGCAAUAUGUAAACAAUUGCUCGCAAAUUAAUUUACCGCAAAUAAACUAUAUAAUGUUUAUUAGUUAACUGAAAUUCCUUAAAAAUAAACUCAAUGUAUAAGUACAAGAGACAACGUGGCAAGAAUUUCACAAAAUGGGAGGAACUCCAACUCCUGCAGCUAAUGAAGGCGAAAAAUCAUAGCAUCAACAAUUCCACAACUAUAACGGACAAGAGGAAAUCCUGGGAGGAUGUGGCCCAACAAUUUUCCAAGCAAACUGGAGUACAGCGCAGGUGGACAGCGCUAAGGGACAAGUACAAAAGCAUGAGCUCCAAAUUAAAGAUUAGUAAUCGUCAAAGUUUGGUAACCGCGGAACCUGAGCAACAGAAAUUAUUUUUAAGUGAAGGAAUGAGGCAUCUCCUUAAACCUAGCUCAACAAUAGCUAAUAUUUUUUAUAUAUCUAGUAAAAAAUGCCGAGAUGACGUCAAUAAAAGCUGAAGUAUUCGAAGUACUUGAAUUUGAAGAGCAAUGUGUAAAAAAUUCUAACGAAAGUCCCAAUACGAAAUCUACUGAAUCUAUUGUCUCCGAACAUCUGAAGGAAAACCAGCAGAAAAUUAUAACCAAGCGCACUUUGCUGAAGGAGAAAAUGCUUUUGCUUCAGCUACAGCAAAAGUUCUACCAAAAUGAACAUUUACGAGCUGCCCAGAGGCACAAUAUGAAGCUAAUAUCGUUAAAAUUAAAAAAGGAGUUAAUAAUGCUACAGCUGGAAAUGAAGCGAAUGCACAUUGAUGAACCGCAAGCGUUUAUUAAAUCAGAAAACCUAAGUUCCUAAAUGAGAUAAAGAAUGGAAAAGAGUACAUUCCAUAAUUAUAUUAUAAAAGUUGCGUUCUAGUAACGAUUGUUCAUACCUAUAAAAGCAAUAGGAUCAUAUUGUAAAUUAA